GCGAACAAGUAAACACGCGCAAGCGCUUUUAAGUUUUAAUGGAACGUUAAAAACUGUUCUUUUUUCGGUUAAACUGCUAUUAGCACUUUUUAUUUCUUGAAAUGGCUCAAUUUUUUUCCAGUCGCUUUCUCAGCAAUCAAUACGUUCCAACUUUGUUCAAAAGAACGUUCUCAAGUGAAGUGCCACGCACAAAGCUUCUUAUAAAUGGAAAGUUCAUUGAAAGCAGCAGUGCGACUUGGAUACCUAUUAGAAAUCCGGCCACAAAUGAAGUAGUCAGUCAAUGUCCAGAAACAACGCCAGAAGAACGAGAGUUAGCUGUUGCUGCUGCUGCAGAAGCAUUUAAAUCUUGGGAAAAGACCUCUGUGCUUUUUCGACAACAAAUUAUGUUCCGCUUGCAACAAAAAAUAAAGGAAAACAUGAAAGAACUGGCAAAAUCUGUGACUUUAGAAAAUGGCAAAACUUUAUCAGAUGCCGAAGGAAGUGUGAUGCGUGGUCUUCAGGUUGUCGAACAUGCAUGUUCUAUUGCUUCACUAAUGCAAGGUGAAACAUCAGCUAAUAUAGCUAAAGACAUGGAUACAUAUUCUUACAGAGUUCCUUUGGGAGUGUGUGCUGGAAUUGCUCCGUUUAACUUUCCAGCCAUGAUACCACUAUGGAUGUUUCCGAUGGCAUUAACUACAGGCAACACAUUUAUCAUGAAACCUUCAGAGCAAGACCCAGGGGCUUGUAUGCUAUUGGCUCAAAUGGCUAUUGAUUGUGGUGUACCUGAUGGUGUUCUUAAUGUUAUUCAUGGUACUAAACCAGCUGUUGAUUUUAUUUGUACCAACCCUUCAAUUAGAGCAAUUUCAUUUGUUGGAUCAGAUCAUGUGGGGCAGCAUAUUUAUGAAUUGGGUUGUGCAAAUGGUAAAAGAGUCCAAUCAAAUAUGGGUGCUAAAAAUCAUGGAGUUGUACUCUCUGAUGCUAAUAAAGAAAUGACUUUAAACCAAUUGGUUGGUGCAGCCUUUGGUGCAGCUGGUCAACGUUGCAUGGCACUUUCCACUGCUGUAUUUGUUGGCGAAGCUCAAAAAUGGAUACCUGAUCUGGUUGAGCGUGCUAAGAAAUUAAAAGUUAAUUCAGGUGACCAACCAGGAACCGAUAUAUGCCCAUUGAUCAAUAAAGCCGCAAAAGAACGAUGUGAAAGAUUGAUACAAAGUGGAAUUAAUCAGGGAGCUAAAUGUAUACUUGAUGGUCGUGGUAUUAAAGUGCCUGGAUAUGAAAAAGGAAAUUUUGUGGGACCUACUAUAUUGACAAACGUAACACCAAGUAUGGAAUGCUAUCAUGAAGAGAUUUUUGGUCCUGUUCUUCUAGUACUGAAUGCUGACACCCUUGAUGAAGCCACUGAAAUUAUUAACAAAAACAGGUAUGGAAAUGGUACUGCAAUAUUCACUAACUCUGGUGCUGCUGCUAGAAGGUUUACAGACCGUGUUGAUUGUGGACAGAUUGGUAUCAACGUUCCAAUACCAGUACCUGUUCCGAUGUUUUCUUUUACUGGCAAUAGAGGUUCCUUUCGUGGAGAUUUGAACUUUUAUGGAAAAGCUGGUGUUCAAUUUUAUACGCAAUGGAAAACGGUUACAAGUUUGUGGAGAGCUGAAGAUGCAACAGAUAAAACUGCACAAGUGUCUUUUCCUAGAAUGAGUUAAAUAACUCAUUCAUACGUCUUUAUAAUUUUUUAUCCUAAAAUUUAGAGAGAUUUUGUUGCUCACAUAUUUUAUAAAUAAAAAAAAUUCUAU